AUGCCUCCCAAACGCCACGCGGCCUCAACCACCUCCGCAACGCCCUCCGCACCCGCACCCACACCCUCACCGGCCGUCACACCCAAACUCUCCUCCGGCCCAGCAACCCUGAAGACCAAUGCCUCAGUCGCCGAAAUCGCCCAGCAUGUCUGGCAACAGUACGCAUCCACAACGCCGCAGCGCACCCUCCUUCUAGACGCCUUUAUGGUCUUCCUGGUUCUCGUUGGCGGGUUGCAGUUCUUGUACUGCGUUCUGGCUGGGAACUAUCCCUUCAACGCCUUCCUUAGUGGCUUCGGUGCUGCUGUUGGUCAAUUCGUUCUGACAGCCAGUCUGCGUAUGCAGACUAGUGAUGGUGGUAGUGGGUCGAAGCCGAGCUCGAAGGGGAAGAAUGCGCGCUUUGUGGAUCAGGAGGGUGAGGUGCAGGAGAGUACUUCACAUGAGAGGGCUUUUGCUGAUUAUAUCUUUGGGAGCUUGAUUCUACACUUCUUUUGCAUUAACUUCAUCAACUGA